GAGAUGCUACACCGACAGGGACAAAGCUUAGCCAGCCACCUGUGAUGCUGCACAUGGGAAGAGCUGUACAAGAAUGUGGUGCUGGUACCCCAAGGAAGAGAAAUCCUAUCCGCCCAGCCGUGUCCCUGUGUAAGGGAGGGGCUGUAGGGGGAUCUAAAGCUUCUAACCAGACAGACACAAAUUUUAGCCAGCCACCCAUGGUUCUGCACAAGGGUGGAGCAGUAGGAGGAUUGGGAGAUUCUACUCCGACAAACCUUAGCCAGCCGUCUGUGCUCCAGAACAUGAAAGGAACUGGAGCCGGAUGGGGGGGCACUUCUCCGACAAAUAUUAACCUUAGCCAGCCAUCUGUGAUCCAGCACACGGAAGGAGCUGAAAAAGGAUUGAGUGAUGGCUACCCAGAUAGACACAAAUCCUAGCCAGCCCCAGCACAUGGGAGGUGAUGGAGGAGGACGUGUUGUUCGUGCCCAGAGAAACACAAACCUUCUCCAGCCAGCCGUGCUGCAGCGCAAAGGAGGAUCUGCAGGAGGACGGGGUGCUCCCGCAGCCGUUGUGCAGCCUCCUGUGCUCACAAAGAGCUCCUCGGGUGGCAGCUGCAAUGGAGGAGGACUCUCUGGUGCCUCCGGGGUUGGAGCAGCAGGCAAGAAAGGCGCAGCGUCCUUGCAGAAAGCGAGCUCUGCGUUAAGCGGUGCAAACCCGGCUGAUGAGCACAGAGAUGGACAGCAGAGACUUGCUAAGUGACGACCCUGUCCCCUGGGAAGCACUCGCAACGAGCUGCUUAAGUGCUUACUGGCUUCCUGUGGAUAAUGGAGAGGAUGCGUUCUGGGGGAUGGAAGGUGGGACGUGGGGGGGACCAUAGGAAGCACGGGGGUUUUGUUUCUCUUCCAGACCUGUUGUGAUUUACUUGCGAUAAAACGCUUUGUUGGACAACUGUGUGUCCAGCAGAGCGACUGCUGUGUCUUUCAAGAUAGCUGUAGCAUUCUUCAGCUGUUCCCUCUGAGCAGCGUCCUAUGGAAUUCAUUGGCACGGCUUUGGCUAUUUGAGUUUGACUUUGCUUUUUGCCUUUUGGCUUCUGACUGUGUAAUUUCUUCUUUUGCUGUCAUGUUGUGUUUCCUAGUGACUGGGUAGCAGAAGACAUGGCAACCUGGGAAUCUUCUGGACAGUGGAUGUUUUCGUGUUACUGUCCUGAGAAGGGCAGUCCCAUUUUUAGGAGUGCUGCUACUGUUCAGGCUGCAUUUCUAUCCUUGUCCACACUGCUGUGCCUCAAUGGAAGCACUGCAAGGUGAGGACGUGCCUUGUGAUGCAACAGGUAGGGGCACUGGAUUACGGUAUUUCCUUGGUGUGUUUGCACUCCUGAAGUUGCACCAGGAGUCCUUUCUGUGUCUCCAAGUAGAGCUGACUGGUCCCAGGCAGUGUAGCAAGGGCAGUUUCUUCUGUAACUCUAGAGGGCAAUUUUGUAUUUGUGUUGUAUUCCCUUUGGAGCAUGCUGAUUGUUUGCCUCCCUGCAGGCUUUCCAGAGAUCUCCCCUGAGGAGCUGCACCUGGGGUAUGACACCUGCAGUGCCAAGGAGGGCACAGGACUCUACAUACACGCUGUCCAUCAGUAUGUGCAACAAUGGAGAACCAGGCUGCAGGAGCUGAAGGCUUUAAAUGCCUGGAGAACAGCAUCGAUGCUACUUUGGAGAGAGAAAGCGGUCACUCCACCAUUACCUUCUCUUGGACUGGGAGGACAGCAAGCACCAAGCCCUGGGUUCCCAAGCUCUCCAGCCAACAGCAGCGGUGCUGCCCGCUUGUCCUUGCAAAUCCCAGCGUCUCAUCUGGAAGCGCUCCAGCUGUGGGGAGCUCUGCUGCUGCCUCCAGUCCUCCUGCCCUUGGGGUGACGUCCUCCCACAGCUGUCCCCAUUCCGUUGGGACUGGGGAUUCUGCAGCUCCAUCCGCAGCCUCACUUCACGCUCCUGGAACGGCCGCUGGCCGUGGACUUCUGGGCUUCCGGGCCCUGGGAGCCCUGCUGCAGCAAAUCCUUCCAGCACCGCUCCGCUUGCUGUCGCUGCUCCCAAGGCAGCUACAGAACCUUCUCACCCGGG